AUGAUUCCUAACGUAAGUGAAACCGACAAAAUGAGAGUAAAUAAUACUAGUAGCAGACUAGCGCCUGGUGGAGGGGUGGUGUUAGGCAGUCUAUUGGUUUCCAAAUCCUACUUUGUUUAUUUAAGUCCAAUAGAAGAUGGUCCUGAACCCUUCUCGUCUUCAAGAGAUGCAGGACUUCAGGUCAACAACACAGAUGAGCUCAUGUCGACUUCUCUGUUAGUGGAAUCUGUGACAUUUACAAGUAAUGUGUUUGAUGCAAUGUUUGUGAGAAAUGAGGUUACUUGGGCUUCUGUGAAUCAAAAAUCAAGGAGACAAUAUAGAAGGUUGAACAACUAUUGACUGAAAAACGGAUUGCUUUGCUGAAGGCUAAAGAAAAUGCAAAAAAUUGUCAAAAGAAUUCAUAGGGUGAGAGACAUAACAGAAGUUCAAACUUAUUAUUGUAUAUAAUUAGUAUGUUAUUUCAAAUUUACACUUGGCAUAUCAUGACAACACUUUGUAAUCAUCAUUACAUGAAAUAACUAUCUUGAUGUUUAUCUGAUUCCAAUGUUUAAGGUGCAUAUUACAUUAACGCCAUGAAAAAAAAUUCAGAAUGAACAACUACAAGGAGCACUCAGAAGUAGAAUCCUAUGUGAAUCAUCUGGUUACUCUUAUUUUUGCAUACAAGCAACUGCAACAACACCUAUCACGCGAGCAUUGACCGACCACCGUUCGAGAUGUU